GAACUGGCAACCUAGCCAGGGUAUCUCCCUGUCUUGUGCCUCAAAGUAUGCUGGCAUCUCCCUGCCCUCCAAACAAAGUAAGCAGGGGAAAAUAAAGGGGAAAUUUUGCAGCGCCACAAUAGAUAGUGCUGAUGGCGUGGGUAACAGGGAAGCCGUGGGGCAGGAAACUCCAGCUCAGGUUUUGUGACCCCUUUUUGAGUCAAAAUUUCCUCCCUGGCUGGCUGAGAUGUAUAUAGGGCCCCGGUGAUGAGUGGCUCCUCACCACAGUCUCUACGGCUCCACCACAAGACACCAGAGACAACAGAUCAGCUAAAAGAUAACUCAGACACAGUCAUGGUCCUAAUCAGAGCUCCCGCGGUGGCACUCCUCAUGCUCUUGGGCAUCGCCGUGUUCGCCCAACACACAUCUUCAGCCGCGUCUCGUGAAUGCUGUAGAAGCUACAGCGAAGGGAGACUACCGUUCCGUAUCAUCAGUGGCUUUUCCGUGCAGACUGUCAGACAGCUAUGUCCAUUCAGGGCCAUCAUUUUCCACACACACAAAGGUAAAGCGUGUGCGGAUCCUGCCCUAGACUGGGUCAUGGAUUACAUCACUCGUUUGAGAAAUAAAGCCCAAAUGGUUCACAGACAGACCUCCAAGUCCUAAUGGAGUUGUGCCGGCUGUGGAUGCCAGCCAGCCACGGGGCACCACCGCAAAGGCUGUCCAGGCCUCCAAGGCCUAAGCUUCAUGUGUACUUUGUGCGCGAUCCAGCGACGUGAACUCUCCGAGCCGACGAAAUGUACCUUUUCUAUUUUGAAAAUCUCUGUAUUUGGAUGACCAAAUGUACUAUUAAGACCAAUCUUUGUUUUAACACGUAGAGGGUUUGAGCUCCAUUGUAAGAGCAUUGACUGUUUUAUUUUGGUAAUAAACAUUUUUUUUAAAA